AUGGGGGUGAAGCAGAGCCUUCGGAGCGGGGGCACCCUGCUGGGCUUGUUGGCCCAAAUCCUCACGAUUCUCUCCACUGCCACCAACUACUGGAUCCGCUACCCCGGGGGCCACAGUGGUCUCUGGCAGGAGUGUAAUGGCCGCACCUGCUCCAACAUCCCCUGCCAGACCAUGCUGGCGGUGACCGGGGCGUGCAUGGUGCUGGCGGCGGCCUCCGGCGUCAUGGGUUUUGUGAUGGGGCUGCGGAUUCUGUGCCACGAGGGCGACUCGCGGGGCCAGACUACGAGCGGCAUCUUCUUCCUCUACGGCUUGCUGCUGCUGAUCGCCUUGACAGGCUACACCGUGAAGAACGCGUGGAAAAACGACGUCUUCUUCUCGUGGUCCUAUUUUUCGGGGUGGCUGGCUUUACCCUUCUCUAUUUUCGCGGGCUUCAGCUUUCUGCUGGCGGACAUGAUCAUGCAGAGCACGGAUGCCAUCAGCGGAUUCCCCGUGUGCUUGUGA